AGUCAUGUGGCGCGUUGCCGGGUUUGGAGGCGGGCCUUCCGGCGGGCGCUCCUUCCCGGCUCCGGCGGCUGCUCACGGCUCUGAGGGAGGCGAGCGCGCGGGCCCGGUAUGAUUAAGAAGUUCGACAAGAAGGACGAGGAGACCGGUAGUGGCUCCAAUCCUUUCCAGCAUUUGGAGAAGAGUGCUGUCCUUCAAGAGGCUCGUAUCUUUAAUGAGACUCCCAUAAAUCCACGAAGAUGUCUGCAUAUACUUACCAGGAUCCUUUACUUACUGAACCAGGGUGAACAUUUCGGAACUACUGAAGCCACAGAAGCCUUCUUUGCAAUGACCAGAUUAUUUCAGUCUAAUGACCAAACCUUAAGAAGAAUGUGCUACCUUACUAUCAAAGAGAUGGCCAACAUUUCUGAGGAUGUCAUCAUUGUCACCAGCAGUUUGACCAAAGACAUGACUGGGAAGGAAGAUGUAUACCGAGGCCCGGCCAUUAGAGCUCUCUGCAGAAUCACUGAUGGUACAAUGUUGCAGGCCAUUGAGAGGUACAUGAAGCAGGCCAUUGUGGAUAAAGUCCCCAGUGUAUCGAGUUCUGCUCUAGUGUCUUCCUUACACAUGAUGAAGAUAAGUUAUGAUGUCGUCAAACGGUGGAUCAACGAAGCCCAAGAAGCUGCUUCUAGUGACAACAUCAUGGUGCAGUAUCAUGCAUUGGGGCUGCUUUACCACCUCAGGAAGAAUGAUCGCCUUGCAGUUUCCAAGAUGCUGAAUAAAUUCACCAAAUCUGGACUGAAAUCUCAAUUUGCAUACUGCAUGCUGAUCCGAAUUGCUAGCCGGCUUCUGAAAGAGUCUGAAGAGGGGCACGAAAGUCCGUUGUUUGACUUCAUUGAGAGCUGUCUGCGAAAUAAACAUGAGAUGGUUAUUUACGAAGCUGCCUCUGCAAUCAUCCAUCUUCCAAACUGCACACCAAGGGAGCUGGCCCCUGCUGUGUCAGUGUUGCAGCUCUUCUGUAGUUCUCCCAAACCUGUCUUGAGAUAUGCAGCUGUAAGGACCCUUAACAAGGUGGCUAUGAAGCACCCAUCCGCAGUAACUGCCUGCAACCUGGACCUGGAAAACCUGAUUACUGACUCAAACCGCAGCAUCGCUACUCUGGCCAUCACCACACUCCUGAAAACAGGGAGCGAGAGCAGUGUAGACAGGCUCAUGAAACAGAUCUCCUCCUUUGUGUCAGAAAUAUCAGAUGAGUUUAAGGUGGUGGUGGUGCAGGCCAUCAGUGCUCUGUGCCAGAAAUACCCACGGAAACACAGUGUAAUGAUGACCUUCCUCUCCAACAUGCUCAGGGAUGACAUCAGCCGACAUAAUCGCUUGGUACAUCAAAAAUUGGCCUGGAUAAACAUUUAUAAAAUGUAUUAUCAAGAACAACCCUGCGCUGGCCUCAGGGAGCUGGGAAGGACCUAUGAGGACACCCAGCCCAUCUCCUCCUCUUCCUCCUCCUCCUCCGAUUCUGGUGGCUUUGAGUACAAGCGAGCCAUUGUGGACUGUAUAAUCAGCAUUAUAGAGGAGAAUCCUGAGAGUAAGGAAUCAGGCUUGGCUCACCUCUGUGAGUUCAUUGAAGAUUGUGAACACACUGUUCUAGCCACAAAGAUACUUCACCUGUUGGGCAAAGAAGGGCCAAGGACCCCAUCCCCAUCCAAAUACAUUCGCUUCAUCUUCAACAGGGUAGUUCUGGAGAACGAAGCAGUGAGAGCUGCUGCUGUGAGUGCGUUAGCGAAGUUUGGGGCCCAGAAUGAGAGCCUUCUUCCAAGCAUCCUGGUGCUUUUGCAGAGGUGUAUGAUGGACAGCGAUGACGAAGUUCGUGACAGAGCAACAUUCUACCUAAACGUGUUGCAGCAGAGGCAGAUUGCACUGAACGCUGCCUAUAUCUUUAAUGGGUUGACCGUCUCCGUUCCUGGGAUGGAGAAGGCCCUGCACCAGUACACACUGGAGCCUUCUGACAAGCCUUUUGACAUGAAGACAGUUCCAUUAGCUACUGCACCAAUCUUUGAACAGAAAGCAGAAAUUGCACUAGUGGCCAGCAAGCCUGAGAAAGUUGCUCCGUCCCUCCACGACAUAUUCCAAGAGCAACUGGCUGCCAUUCCCGAGUUUAAGAGCUUGGGUCCCUUAUUCAAGUCAUCUGAGCCAGUGCAGCUUACAGAGGCAGAAACAGAAUACUUUGUGUGCUGUACUAAGCAUGUGUUCACUAAUCAUAUGGUUUUCCAGUUCGACUGCACAAACACUCUAAAUGACCAGUUGUUAGAGAGGGUCACUGUGCAGAUGGAACCAUCGGAUGCUUACGAUGUGAUUCGCUCUAUCCCAGCAGCCAGCCUUUCUUACAACCAGCCGGGCAUGUGUUACACUCUCGUCCGACUGCCCCAGGAUGAUCCCACUGCAGUCGCUUGUACUUUCAGCUGCACAAUGAAAUUUACAGUCCGAGACUGCAACCCAAACACAGGGGUGCCAGAGGACGAUGGCUAUGAUGAUGAAUAUGUGCUGGAAGAUCUGGAGGUAACAGUGUCAGAUCAUGUUCAGAAGGUCCUAAAGCCCAACUUCGCAGCUGCCUGGGAGGAAGUAGGAGAUGACUUUGAGAAAGAGGAAACCUUUGCGCUCAGUUCAAUUAAAACCCUUGAUGAAGCUGUCAGUAACAUCAUCAAAUUCCUGGGCAUGCAGCCAUGUGAGAGGUCCGAUAAAGUGCCAGAGAACAAAAAUUCCCACACGCUGUAUCUAGCUGGUGUGUACAGAGGUGGCUAUGAUGUGCUGGUGAGAUCCAGGCUGGCAUUAGGUGAUGGAGUGACCAUGCAGGUGACUGUCAGGAGCAAGGAUGAAACACCAGUAGAUGUCAUCUUGGCCUCUGUAGGCUAAGUCAUGCUAUUUUUAAUACCUGCAGGGGGAUUUCACCUCAAGGAUCUUAAACAGCCUGGCUCUGUCCUGUCUGACCUUCUGCAUGGAGUUUUUAUUCUUUGUCAUUUUGUAUGAGGUUGCAGUAAGGGCAGCUCUGGCUGGUCUCUGUAACAUACUUAAUGCUGGAUCUCACCCCUACCCUGGUCAUCAGUUAUAUGUUCCUCUGACUGAUUGCAUCUGUGGACCUUACAAGACUUGAUAGGGGAUAAAAACAAACUGGAAUUAGUCUUUUGUCAAAACAGAUUUUUAUUAACAGAAAAUAAACAUUGAUCAUUCCAGUUUCAA